GAGCUUGGAUCGACCUGCACAAAUCGUGAAUUGCCAAACGGACCCAGCUCAUCAGCACCUCACCUGAUCCAGCAACGCGAGUCUGCUGCUGGAUGCUGUGACGCUCGCAUAGCCUUCUAGCCGAGGCGCCUCGCAAGUCUUCAUACAGCGCCGCACCCCUGCUGGCUGGUGUGCGUUGCUCGUCGCAGUCACAACUCGCGCACUCUUCAUCUUUGCACCCCAAUCCAGCAAGAGAUAUAUAAAGUAGCGGCCCGCCCGUUGCACACUGCACCAGGCGUGCCUGAUACAUGCGCAGCACUGUGAUCGCAUAUUCGCUACACGCCUUCAACGCCGCGCGGGCUCUCGCAGAUCGCCGCCUCAGCCUGUCGGACAACCCGUCUGGCGUGCCGUCAGCAUAGAAGCACUUUUGACUGCAAGACGUCAUCGAAGUGCUUGUAUAAGACUAUCUCGUCGCCAGUCUCCCGCCAUCAAGACGCUGCAACAUGCCCUCCAUUCAACCAACGAGGCGUUCGCCGCCACCUGUACUGGCGAGCAGCAGUGGUCUGACCUCAUCGUCGCCAGUGCCUCUACCUCAACCACCUUCACAGCAACAGCACCAAGUAGGUGGCAGACAAGCAACACGGUCGCGCACAAGAACGAGGCAGAUGGGAUCAACGAUCAGCACAUCGAUGAGCGGCCCGUCAGGGUCGCGCCAAAGGUACAGCAGCGAAGAUCACCCCCUCAGUCCCCACAAACUCGCCAUGAAAGGUUACCACUCCUUUGUCUGCUUAGGUGUGCCUUUUCACGUACACAGGAGGUAUACAUUCCUCCGAGAGUUGGGCAUCGGCGCUUAUGGAUGCGUAGCUCUCGCACGCGACAGCGUGCUCGACUGCGAUGUUGCGAUAAAGAAGGUUACGCGGGUGUUCGAGCGAGACGUCUUGGCAAGGCGCGCGCUACGGGAAGUAGCAGUGCUUCGACACAUUGGCAUGUGCGGCAACGUCACGGCGCUUUUGGACUUUGACACCAGCUUCAUCGAAUUCAACGAGAUUUAUCUGGUCAUGGAGGCUAGCGAAGCCGAUUUGAGCCAAAUCAUUCGGUCGGGCCAAACCUUGUCAGACUCGCACCUACAAUACUUUCUUGCUCAACUUCUCCGCGGCGUGCGGUAUAUGCACGCAGCAAACGUUAUCCAUCGCGAUUUGAAGCCCGGCAAUCUGUUAGUCAAUGCCGACUGCCAAUUGAAGAUUUGCGACUUUGGCUUGGCACGAGCUCAUGCCGAGCGGCCGGAACGAAGGUCGCGAUCUCGUUCGUACAGCACCAGCGUAGAACGUCAGCCUCGAGGCGACCGGGGCAAGCCAGGCACCCCACCCACUCAGGAUGGUGCUGCUGUGCCAGCUUCUGAAGUUUCAUCUUCAUCCGAUGACAGCCAGUCCAAAUCUCUCUCGCCGAUGAAGAGCCCACCGGAUGCUGGGCUAGCGCAGGCUCCUGCGGUGGACACCACCAGGCGGUCAGGCAGAAGUCGGUCCACCAGGCUGUAUUUUCCGGGAGGGCCAUUGACAGAGUACGUUGCAACGCGGUGGUACCGCGCUCCAGAGGUCAUGCUGUGCUUCCGGCGGGGUUAUGGCGCCGAGAUUGAUGUAUGGAGCAUUGGCUGCAUCUUAGCGGAGCUCAUUGCGGGCAAGCCGCUGUUUGCGGGCAAAGACUACGUCGACCAAAUUGCCCGCAUCAACAAUGUCUUGGGCACGCCAACAGAGGCGACGAUCGCCAAAAUUGGAAGUCAGCGUGCGAAAACCUACGUGCAGUCGCUGCCGAAGAUGCCAAAGGUCCCUUUCAGCAGCCUUUUGCCCAAGGCAACGCCUUUGGCUCUGGAUCUACUUGACCGGAUGCUAACCUGGGAUCCGGACGAGAGGAUUUCAGCAGACGAAGCGCUCAGACACCCAUGGCUGGCAGCUUACCAUCAAUCCAAUGCAGCAUGGACACCUCCAGAGCCUUAUUCGCGCUUCGAUGAAGUCGAAGCUAUCUCCACGAUCACGGAAUUCAGACUCGGGCUUGAACGCGAAGCUGAGGAGAUGCGCGCGGAAUUGCUCGCUCUUGAAGCCGAGGAGCAACGUGAAGAACAGGAGAGGCUUCUCGCCGAGGCAGAUGGGGCAACGAGCACAAAUCACGGCGAUGACGGGCCACAGCCGGGCUCUCAAUACCAGACGCAAAGCGGUGCUUCCCGAGCUGAGGACUCGGACUUGACCGGCUCUGCCCAAUCCGCUUCUCUUAGAGCGUCGACCGAAGCUCCUUCGCCAUUGCACACUCCGUCGUCAGUGGACAGCUUGGACGCUUACGAGACCGAUCCUACAUCCGCUAGCGCUCCUCAGAGCAUCAAUGGCUCCACGUAUGCACCAAGCGCAGGUACGCCUCAUUUAGGCUUCAAGAAGACCAGCAAUCAUGUGAGCAGCCACAGCAACGAGAGUGGACGCGGCGACUUUGUGGGUGAAGUACGAUUACGCAUGCAGGAGCUCGACGAGAGCUUGGCAUCCCACGCCUUGCUCAAGAAGCCUGCACUUGGUGGUGCAGAGCUCAAUCACGAAACCUACCGUCGAAGAGCCAUCUCCAACGCAGCUUGCAUUCCACGAUUUGCACUCAGAAGAGUUGCGAGCAGCAGAGACGACAACGACGCAAGCCAGGAUGGCCAGGUUCUGAACGUGCAGUAUCUCGUUCCUUCGGGCGCCCUAUCACGGGUGCCGCCGCCUUCUUUCAUCAAGCAUACGACGGACAUCAUCUCGCGAUCCAAGUGGCAGCGAGAGUGUGUAACACCACCGCUCGGCAGCAGCAACGAGCUCGUGAGGAGCGUUGAUGAGCAAUGGCAGGAGCACAGGCUUCGCUGGGCCGCUGCAGAGGCAAGCAUGCUGAGUCAGCGUCCGAAAGGCAAGACUCUAGUGCGCCCAAACAGCAGCGAUGGAAGUAGCGAAGGUGGACAUGCACCCUUUCCCAGCAGCGCUAGCCCUCGCGCCUCGGUCUUGGACGCUAGCAUGAUGCUCGAAAGGUCGCGCUCUGACAGCGAUAGCCAGAGUCGCGAAGGCAGCGAUUCGACCAUUGGUCAGCGGGGUGGUCGAUCGCCAAGCACCCUGCAAGCUUCUCCUAUUCCAGCAUAAUUGGUCGAGCGACGCGUGUCUGCCUGCCAUCAGCUCCUUCAUGUCCCAUCCCACAACCACACAU